AACAUAUUGGAUUGAAAUAUUAGAUCAUUGCUAAAAAUUCCUGUGAUACAAUAGUUAUAUAAGUAUUAAAACAUUUGUGAGUUAAUGCAUUCCAUGCCCAUUUGUAGACAAAUGCCAUGUUUUUCAAUGGUCAUAAUACUCAGCUAAAUUUUAUCGAACCAGUGCACUGUGAAUGUGUAUUACUAGGCAUUAAGAUUCUUAGGACAUUUGUGAAUAUUUGCUUACAUUGUAAUGCCUUUGGUACAGAACUUCACUUUGGAAUCAAAACAUGGAGCCAAGACCAAUUCUGAGGAAAAAUCUUGGCCUAAUAAUAAGAAAUGAUAUAAUCAAGGAGACAGAGCGGCUCUCAAGAUCUCCUAGCUAUGAAAGAUGUGGCUUGUUAUCUCCUUAUCAAGACAAGAGUCCAGUACAUUCACCAAGGUAUAGAGACACAUUGUCACCUAGUGCCAGGGAUAUCCAUUAUAAAGACUUGCUGUCUCCCGGCCAUGGACACAGAGACACAUUGUCACCUAGUGCCAGGGAUGUCAGUUUUAAAGACUUACUGUCUCCCAGUCAUAGACAUAAGGACACAGCGUCACCUAGUGCCAGGGAUGUCAGUUAUAAAGACUUAUUGUCUCCCAGUCAUAGACAUAGGGACACAGCGUCACCCGGUGCAAAGGACUUUUUGUCUUCAAGUCAUAUACACAGAGAAAGGGUGUCAUCCAAUGUCAGGGAUGUCCCCAAUACAGACUUACUGUCUGCAAGCCACAGACACAGACAGACAAGGUCACCCAGUCCUAGAGACAGUGGUUACUCACUCCAGGAAUUCUCCACUUGGCAAAAAGAAACAAGAUCUAAAAGUCCAGGCAGUAAACAUGGAGCUAUUUUUCAGUUUGAUGAAGAUAUUCUCCUUUCAUCAAGGCAUGGACGAAGCAUUGACAGAUCAAGUUCUAGAGAGAGCACAUAUUUGAAAUAUUCAGAAGAUAGAUUUCAUUUUGAUAGAUUAAAACAGAGAGAAUUCAGAUCACCUAGUCCAGCAAGUGGUUCUCCAAUUUACUAUAGAGAUAGGAGUCUACUGUCUUCAAGAAAAGAGAACAGACGGUCUUGUUCACCAAAUGCUCAGAAUAAAUAUUAUUUCCGUCCAAUUCCUGAUGAAAGGAGCUCCAGGGAGCAGGGCUCAUCACCAUUAGAAAAGCAUAAGGCCAGACAAUACCCAAAUGUUAAUGAUAAGCCAGUGCUUUCAUAUCAGGAACGGGAGUUACUCUUAAUAAGCCAAGAGCGGAGCAAUUUUAAUUCUAGAGACAAGAGUCCACAGAAUGCUUUACAUACUGGACAAAGUAAAAGUGAAAACAUUCCAGCACAACCCCGUAUUUCAUCACAAAGCACUCCCACAUUCCUCAUAGAAGAUGAAAAACUCAUUGAUUCAAACCAUUCCAAUAAGGAUUUAUCACAAGACAAUACUAAUAUUUCGACACCUGGUGAAGAAAAGUAUGCCCAGACAAACAAACAGAAAACUGACAAAAUCACACCUGAGAUAUCAAAUAAGGAGGAUGAGAAGAUGUUUCUAAGUGUUGAGGGUGGACAGUUGAUGGUUCAGGCUACAGACAGUGUUGCUGCUACACCAAGAAGUAGAACCUAUUCUGUGAUAAUGGACCAGUCUAAGAGAGUUUCUAUAGACAGAAAAACUUUAGAGAGAAGACUUUCCAGUUGUGAGAUUUCUCAAGAUAAUGAUUCAAACAUUUUGGAAGUAUUAUCUUCAGCAGAUGGGUUUGAUAAGAAGAUAGCAGGGGAUGAGAGUGAGGGUAUGACAGAAGUAUCAGAGACUGCCAAUAAAAACCAGCCUUUUGAACAGGAUGUAGCACAAAAUUCUGUUCUGAACAAAGAGAUGUCUAGAGAAAAUGCUGGCAUUUCCAAAACUGAUACUAGCAACUUAAAAAAUUACACUGAUUCUGUGAACAGUGAUAGAGCAUGUGAGGAAGAUAAAAUUUUGAAUAUGUACAAGAGCAAUGAUGAUGAAACAUCAAAAGUUAUGAAUAAUAAAAAGUUCACCAGUGAAACAAAAUCAGAUAAAUUGUUAAAUGAAAAGACAGAGCCAGAGGAUUUACAGGAUAAAGUUAUUCAUAAAAAAGAAAAAUUGGAAAAUACAGAGAAUAGAAUGGCAAAUGAAACAGAGAAUGACAUAACAAAGGAAAGAAGAGGGAGAAAAGGAAGAACAGAGGACAGAGGGCAAAGUAGGAGACUGACAAAUGAUCAGGAGGAAAGGAGAGACAGGCGAUCUAGAUCCAGAACUCCAGUCAGGUUUUUACUGGUGUCCACUAAGUUAGAGACUUCUAGUGGUAGAGAAUCACAUAGCUGUGAAAAGCAUCAUUCUUUUGAUACAAGUGGAAUGACAGUGACAGGGGAAAAGGAAAAAGAUCAGUUGUCCAAGAAGUCAAAGAAGAAACAAAAAAAUAAAGAACAAGAGAAAAAUAAUUCAGAUGGGAACAGUAGUAAAUUGACCUUAGAGGCAGAAGGAAAACUAAACAGCUCACCAACAGACAUAAAAAAUAUCACAUCAAAAGAAAGUCUAGACCAUACACAUCUACCAACAAGUACUUCAUCAUCUAAACAUGUAGAAAGAAAGAGAGAUGAUGAUAGAGAACUCCAAGGUGGUAGGAGUGGAGGUGUAGAAAAAUCAGGAAAACAGGAUAAAAUACCAUAUCCUGAUAUAGAGAAUACAACAGAUGAUACUGGAAAAACAAGAAAGGAUACAGAGAAAUUCAUAGGAGAUCCUGAGAAGUCAAGAAAGGAAACCGAGAAGUCUAGAAAGGAUACUGAGAAGUCAAGAGGGAAUACUGAAAAUUUAAAGCAGGAAAAACAAGAGGCUGAAAAGUCAUCAAAAGAAACUGAGAAAUCAAGAAAGUAUACUGAAACAUCAAAGGACAAUACUGAGGAUUUAAAGCAGGAUACAGAAAGGUUAAAACAGGAUAUGGAAAGGUUGAAACAGGAAAUGGAAAGGUUGAAACAGGAAACAGAGAAGUGGAAAUUAGAUACUGAGACAUCACAACAGGGUAAUAUGAAGUCAGAACAGAGUACUAGGAAGUUAAAAAUUGAUACAGAGACAUCAAAACAAGAUACAGAUAGCUUAAAACAAGUGACUGAAAAGAUGGAAAAAGAGCCCAUCAGGUUAAAACUGGAUACUUUGAUGCAAACACAGGAUACCAUGAAAUUAAAACAGGAUACUUUGAUGCAAACACAGGAUACCAUGAAAUUAAAACAGGAUACUUUGAUGCAAACCAAGGAUACCAUGAAAUCAAAACAGGAUACAGAUUUGUCAAAACAGGAUACUGCAACGUCAAAAUGGGAUACUGCAAAAUUAAAACAGGAUAUGGCAAAAUCAAAUCAAAGUAUUGAAAAGUUGAAGCAUGAUACUGCAUGUUUAAAUCAGGAUAAUUUAAAGUUGAAACAAAACACCAUGAUAGAGGACAAAGAGAAAUUAGAACAGGAUACUGAAAAAUUGAAACUGUAUUGCAAGGAUGACAAGACUUCAAAACAGGAUACUAAAACACUAGCAAAGGAUACCCAGAAGUUGAAACAGGAUACAAUGAAGUUAAUGAAAGAUACAGAAAAAUCAAAACAGGAUCCAGAAUCUUCAAAGCAGGGUAAUCAACAUGAUGUCAAGGAGUCAAUACAAGAGACAGUUAUGACAAAACAUGAUAUUAAAAAAUCAAAACAGGACUCGGAGUCUACAAAGCAGGAUAAUCAGACAUUAAAACAGAAGGUUAAGGAGUCAAAACAAGAGGUGGAAACAUCAAAACAUAGUACUAAAACAUCAAAUCAGGAUUUAGUGACUAAACAGCAGGAUAAUGGAAAAUUGAAACCAUAUACUUUGAGGACUAAACAGGAUACGAUGAAAUCUGCACCUUAUACAGAGACAUCAAAGCAGGAGGCUCAAACAACAAUACAGAAUACUACAAAGUCAAACCAGGAGACAAAAAUAUCAAAGCAGGAUAAAGAAACAUUCAGACAGGAUAAACAGACACCAAACCAGGAUAUUAUGACAUCAAAACAGGAAACAGAGAUAUCAAAACAGAAUACGGAGAUAUCAAAACAGGAUACUAAGAUAUCAAAGGAGGAAAUGAAGUCAUCAAAACAGAAUACAGAGAUAUCAAAACAGGACACAGUACAAAAAAAGAAAACAGAUAUAUCAAAACAGGGUACAGGUAAAUCAAAACAAGAUUCUAAGCCAGCAAAAAACACUACAGAAUCAUCAAAGCAGGAUAUAAUAAAGUUAACACAGGAUACGGAGACAUCAAAACUGGCUACUAAAACACUUAAACAAGAAACCAAGAGUGCUGAACAAGAUACUGAGAAGUUGAAGUUGGAUAUCACAAGGUUGAAAAAGGAUACAGAAAAAUCUAAACAAGAUACAGAGAUUUCAAAACAAGAAACAGAGAAAUCAAAAGACAGCACUUUAAAAUCAAAACAGGAUAAAGAAAAGGUUAUGGAGAGGUCAAAACUGGGUAUAGAAGGGACAAAACAUAUUUCUGCAGAUUCGAAACAGGAAACAAAAAAAUCAGGAAAGACUUAUGGAAACUUAAGUCAGGAUACCAAGAAGUCACAACUAAGAACAGAGAAAACACAACAGAAUAUGGAGAAUUUGGAAGAGAGUGCCAUUAGGUUAAAACAGGAAAUGGAAAAGUCGAGUCAGAACACAGGGAAAUCCAAACAGAGCAAUAAAAAGUCAGACAAGGAAACAGAGAUAUCCAAACAGACUUCCAAUAAAUCAGAAGGGCCUGGUUAUAUUGACUUUGAUGUACCUAGAGAUUCUCUGAAGAAUACAGGUCUAGCAAUAAGAAAUCCAGAAGACAAUUUGGAGAAGAAAACUAAGUCUGUAAAAACAGAUAGAGUAGACAGAGACAAAGGUGGUGACUGUAGAGUUAUAACAUUGACCUUGAAACCCAUUACACAAAGCAAAGAAACUUGUACAUUAAAGACUGUUAAACCAAAAGAACUGAGUAUUGAAUCUUCAAAACAGACAUCUGAAAGCCAGGAUUUCAAUUCUGAAAGUCAGUCAAAUUUUGGAUUUAACAGAGACCGCUUAUUUGCAAAACUGGAUCCACGAGGAUAUAAGGUGGAAAACAUUAGAAGGAAAAGCAGCUCAAGCUCUGAUUCAUCUAUAAAGAGUCCAGAAGUUUUCAUCAGUGAAGAUAAAAAAUCUUAUGAUUUUUUUACUGAAGCCCAAUCAUACUCAAAGAUCCCUCAAGUGGAGACCACUAAUAGUUCUACUGAAAAUGAUAGAUUGUCUUCUCUGUCAGAGAAAUCAUUACAAACUUCUUCAAAUCUUGGACAGCCAUCUCAAAAACCUCUUCAAAGUCUAGCUGAAAGGCAGGAUGAGACUAAAAAAGUCUCAAAGAAAGCUGAAGAGGGUGAGAAAAAAGGUUUUAAAACAUUAGAUUUGUCAAACACAGAUACACAAAAUCAAAAUAAAAUGACAGUCAGCAAAGACACUUCCAUUUCUAUAAAUCUACAAGAAAAGGAAAACAAUAAUCAGGAUCCAGAAAAAACAAGUUCCACAAAGAAUAUUGAUGAUCAGAAUCUGGAAAGUAGAAAACCAAAUCAAGAAAUAAGCAGCAUUUUAGAUACUAAAACAGAGAGAAAUGAUGAGAAAAGUCCAGCUGUUUCAAAUGUUAAAGACAGAAAGAAGGAUCCAAAUAAAGCAGACGUAAAAGAAGAAAGUCUUAAGGAUGUUAUUAGAAGGACCAGAUCUAGACUUCAUGGUGUAAGUGAUGACACUGGAUUAGAGAUACAGAAUAGUCCUAUAGGAAAAACCAAUGAAAAGGCCACUGCAGUAGAGCAAGCCAAAGAAUCUGAUACUCGUAAGGACAAAACUGAAAAGACUCGAGUAAAGGAUUCAUCAAUAGAAUCAGGUGUUAGGAAGUCAAAAGUCUCAACAACAAGAGUUGACAAAAUUGAUAUAGUAAACUCAACACCCAGUUCAAGGGAGCAAAAAGAAGAAGAGAUGUCAUUAUCUGUUGGAGAGAGAGAUGAAUUUAAAACUAAAUCUUAUGAUAAAGGAGAAAUAAAAAUGACAGUGAAAGAUCUGUCAGACACUGCACAUGACACAAUGGGAAAAACAUCUACUAGUAUUUCAGUAAAUGAGAAGACAAAAGGACUUUUAUCAGAGGUUAAGAAUGAAGAUAAAAAUCAAAGUAAAGAAGCAUUGGUAAUGGUUAAACAACAGAGAAAAACACCAUUGACAAAGAAAGAGCUAGUGGAGGUUUCUCAUACAGAAAAGCUGGGCAAGCAACAAGAUGGUGAAACAUUACAAAAAGCAGAAAAGGCUAAAAAUAGGUUUUCUCUCAGAACAGAAAACACAGACUCGGAAACACCUAAGUCUAUCCAAGACACUAUGAACAGUGGGCACUCAUUGAAUAAAACCAUUGUAGAAGAUAAAAGUAAACUUAAAAUAGAGAAGACAAACCAUGAAGAGCAAGCCAGAAUCAGAGCUGAUGAUUCAAAAGAGAAAAGUCAAGUAGAAACAAAGAUGAUUCCAAACAAAAAUAAAACACAAACCCAGAGUGCAGUUGCGAAACAAACUUCUUCAAAUGAGGUAACUUGCAUUUCUAAAGCAGAAACACAGAAAGUGAAUACUGCUGAAAAAAGCAAAACUGAGAAAACCAUUUCGACUGAACAGCAAAGCUCAGAUAUAGAUAAAACAAAAUUGUUAGAAGAUGCCAAUGUAGACACAACAAAACACACUACUAAAGUAACUUCUCCAAAGCAAGCAAGAGAAAAACCUGGUGAUGCAUUUGGCGGCAAAACAGUGAAAGUGGAUUUAAAGAAAGCUAGAGAGAAACUACAGAACAACAAAACUGAAGACAAAACUUUAAAAAUGGAAACAGACAAGGAGAAAACACAAAAAGCAGAACAGAAUUUAAUGGUCAUAGACAAGUCAUCUUUACUAUCUGAUGGAACCAAAAAACAGCAAACGUUACCAAAGUCUUUACCCAAACAUGAUAAAUUUGAACAAAUAGAAGAGCCUACAAAGAUUACAAGCAGUUCUUAUAGUCCAAAAUCAAGAACAAAAAUCUCCAAGAAUGAUUCAUCAGAUGAGAUAAAACAAAUAAAUUUUAAAGACACAAUUGACAAUAUUAAAACUAACCUUAAAAGCAGACCAAAGCAGAGUGAUAGCAAAGAAAGGUUAAUGCAAGUCAAAAAAGAAAUUAGUUAUAAGUCCACUAAGACUGAAAAUAAAACUGAGGAGGUAGAAAUGUACAAAAUUGAUUCCAGUCAACAAAAGGAUGAUAAACACAUUUUGUCAUCAACAAAGAAUACAGGCAAAGAAAAAACACAAGAAAAAACACUGUUGAAAGGAAAAGACACUAAAAUUACCGUUGAUGAAUCCGAUACCAGUAAAAAGGAUGAUAAGACUACCCAGAUUCCACAUUUUGAUAAGGACAGGAGUAAGGUCCUUCCUGGAGAUAGGGACAGCAUAAACACAGCAGAUCUCCAGACCAAGAGAGAGGAAAGUAGCAAAAAGAAAGAUAAAUCAAACAGUUCAGGCAAAAAUUCCAAAGAGAACAAGGAUGAGGAUUCUUCUGACAGAAAAAUGUCGUCUUUAGAAAUUACCGACAAAGAACCAGGACAUAAUGAGGAAAAACCAAAUUGGAAGAAAUUAAUCAAGGUAGAUAAAAUGAAAUCUAAGGAAGAGAAAAGUAAUCCAUCUUUAAAAGACAUAAUAAGCCGAACAAGAAACAAAUUACAGAAGCCUCCAAAAGUGACCGAUUUAUUGCAGCCAGAGCCUGGUCAAGAUGUCCAGGAUGGUCAAGUAGAAAUUGGGGCAGAUAAAGUAAUAGGUAAACAAACAAAUACAGAGGCUCCAUCACCAUUAAAUGCCCAGAACACUGAGAUACUUAACAAAUCCACUCAGUCAAUUUUAGCAAACCAUAAACAAGGCAUUAAUGAUGAUAUUAAGGUUUUAAAACAGGAUAAUGAAAGCUCUAAUGAAGACUCUGGUAAAAUGAAAACAUUAAAGCAAACUGAAAAAGAUAUUAGUUUUAAUCUAAAAACAGAGGAAUUAAAAACUAAUGAAGUAAAACUGAAAAUGGAAGAACAUCAAAAAAUAAAAAUGUUGGAGAACAAUUCAUCCAGGAAACUAGCCAACAGAGCUCUUGAAGAAGAAAAUUCAAGGUCACUUAAAAGUGCAUCAGACAAUAUGACUAAAAUAUUGGAUAAACAAACCUUAGAAGUGAGCACUAAGCAGCCAGAGGAGAAAUCUAAAAAUAGACAUCACAAGAGUAAGACAACAGAUGGUAAAACAAUUGUAUUGGACCCAGGUAACACAAAAAGUAACUCAACCACUGACGUAAAGCUUGGCUCACGAGCAGACGAUAAGGUUCACAUCACACACAACACAGAAGUAGGUGCUAAGGAAUCAAAGCUUGUCAAUCAAGAAAAAGAAUCAAAUGAAAUGUGCCAAGGUACACUGGCUCUAUACACACACAGGAAAAAGCAAUCUCAGGCUAAAAAUGAAGCAGAGGUCAAAGGGGUCACAGAACCACAGAGUAAUUUAGAUAGAAAGAAUGAGACAAGUAGAGGGAAAACAAAUCUGAAAACGACAAGCGUGGCAGAGAAACACACUGAAGGGAAGAAGUCGAGCAGGGCAGAGUUACACACUGGAGACAAAUCUGGUUCAUCAUUUGAUCAGCAUUCUGUGAAUAAUGAAGGAAUAAAAGAUGAAAAGAACAUCUGUGCUAAUACUCAGCAGGAAAAAUCAUUUGUCAAUAAGCAAAGUAAUAAAACAAUUGGAGUGACAAAAGGAUUAGAAGAAACAGCUAUAAUAAAACCAGAUGUCAGUGACGAGUCACCUAGGAAUAAAGACAGUAAGACAGCAAGUACAAGCAAAGGAUCUAAUAAAAAGACUAAAGUGUUGAAGGAAUUUGUAGUUAUUAAUGAAGUCAAACCUGUUAGUGAUGGCGACAUCUUACAGACAGGGGUAGCAGCAAAUAAAAUGAAGGAUUUAAGUGAGAGGGGAGAAGAGGCAACAGUUAUAAAUCUUAAGCCUGUUAGUAAGAAAGUGACACUGCAGGAAAGUGACAUUAAAAACGAAGGGAAAAGUGAACAGGUGAAGGAUUUACUAAGAAGCAGAGAGAAAUCAAUUGAUGUGGACAAAAAAUCUGGCAAAGAUGCAUUAAGUGAGAUAGAGAAUGGAAGCAGUGCUCCACCUGAAGAACCAAAAGCAAAGAAAAAAGAAUUGGCUGAAACGGAAGAUAAAAAGAGUUUAAGCAAAACAGACAAUAAAAAUGGUGUAAGCAAAAAGGACGAGUUGCAGACUAAAACUAAGAGCAGACAUAAGUUUGAAUUGCCUCUGUUAAAGUCUUCAAAGGUGAAAGCUGAUUCAGUAGCACCUGAGAAAACAAGUAAACAAAACAGUAUUACUAUUGAAGAAAAACCAGGAAAAGGGUUCUUAAAUACUGAGGGAAACAGUAACCUGAAGGAAACAUUGGACCAAAAAGCUGAAAUGUCUGUAAAUCUUAAAAGCACCAAGGCUGAUAAGCAGGUCUCUGAUGGAGUGUCCAAAUCUAAGAGUGCUCUUAAAGUUAAAUUUGAUACUGAAGUAAAAUAUUCUAGUGGAAAUGAAGUUAAUGAGAGUUUGAAUAGAAAACAUUCCAAAGAUAGUAAAGCAGGUACAAGUAAGAGUUCACAAGAUGACAAAGAUGUGAAGCAUUCUGGUGGAUCUCCAAUACAAAACAGGAAGAAAGUAGUCCAAGACAAUGGGCAGGGUGGGCCAAAACAAAAUAGUAAAAAGCAAGAAGUAUGUAGUGAUCCGGGUGUCAUACUUAGUCCCAAGGGAUCACCAAAGCAAAAUCAAAAGAAACUAACUGCUGGAAGUGACCAAAAUGGAUCACCAAAGCUAAAUAGAAAAAAACUGAACACUGCAAGUGAUCCAGAAAAUAGUGGUCUACAGAAAAAGGUCCAUUUUAAAGAUGUAGACAAGGAUUAUCAGAGGAAAGUCUAUGCACAGGAAGUGGCCAAGAAAAUUCAGACAUCCAUCAUUGCUGACAUGAGAAGUAAACUUAGAUCCAAAGCAGCAGCCAUUGAAAAGCACCAGGAGAGGAUAAAGGCAAAAGAGGCCAAGACUCAGGAAAAAAGUUCACAGCCUGUUAUGUCUACUGCUCAGGCAGAGGUCAAAGAGACUUCACAAUUAGCUUCCAAACCAGCUAUCAAACUGUCCCCUGAAACACCCACAGAGUCCCCAGACAACAGGAAAACUCAAGGUGUGUCAACAAGCACUGCAUCAGAAAAGUCCAAACAAGAACUUAUAACAGCUGUCAAAACAAUAGAGAAAACUGACAUCGUCAAGGAAAAUCAGACAAAGGAUAAAGGUAAAGCAGAACAAAAAGAAGAUUUGGUCACAGAAAAUAAGGAAACCAAAUCUGUGAAACAAAACAAAAAAGUAACAGAAAAAUAUAAGAAUGACAGUAAAAAGAAUGAAGAAAAGAGUGAAGGUAAACAGAAUGUCAGUUCCUCACCAAUACUAGUCACCAAAAAUAGAGACAUGUCAGAGGACAUCAGUAGAGGAGAGCAGGCAAACCAAGGCUUCUUUGAUGUCUCAAAGUUUAUAACAAACACUAAAAUUAAGGAGUUUAAGAAGGAAUUGAAAACUGAUGAUCAACACCAAGAGAAAGAGAAGAAACUUAGUGGUAAAGAUAUCCAAAUAACUAGAGGUGUUGAAUCAAAUCAGAGAAAUGACAUUCAGUUUAUUUCCACAAGUUUCUCAGGACCAGAGUCACCAACCAGUGCAGGCAGCUCAAAGGAUGACCAGAAAUCCCCAGAAUUUACUUACCAGAAGUUUGACUUUGAUGAAAGCUCAGAGAGCAAAUCUCACAGCUCUGACUCCACAGUGAGGGCUGAUCAAGUCUCUGAUGAGGAAGAGGUGGGGGAAGGUAGUAAUGAGGACAUCAUGGCGGAGCUGAGGAAGCUUCUUCCUCUGGAGAUCUUCAGCUCGAGGAGGAGGCACAGAACUGAGGAUGAUGAAGAUGUUCCCUGUGACUGCUGUGAGUGCCAGGGCUCCAGUGAGGAUGAGUACAGCAUGGAUGGCAGGAUGCCUCAGCUGUCUGUGAUUGGGGAGGAGGAUGAAGAGACAGUGUCUGUGUUUGAUCCUGAUAAAAUGGACAGCGAGGAGAUGCAGUUCCAUAGGACAUUCAUGGAGAAAGUGUACAGCAGGAAUCCCCGAGCCUCUAAGGUCUUUAACCCUGGGGUUAUAGUGUCGAGUUCUGAUUCUGAGGAGAGUGAAGAGGUUGAGGAAUCAGAUGACUCAGCUUUUGAUUCUAUGAAGAGACCUGUAUUUGACAUUGAGGCAUUCCUAAAAUACACAGGAAAUGUGGAGGACUGGCUAGAGAGGAUAGAAGAAUUUGGUAAUGUCACAGGCAUGCUGCCAUUCAUCCUCAUCGUAUAAAAUCAUGGACUCGCUUUCUUCUAUGUUAACUGGAAAGGCAUGCUGGUACCACUACAAAAUCCAGUGUCCAGUUUCCCAUUUAUCUAAUACCCCAAAGAGAUUUA